AUGAGGAGUCGCAGUAACUCAGGAGUGAGGCUGGAUGGCUAUGCCAGGCUGGUCCAAGAGACUAUCCUGUGCCACCAGAACCCAGUGACAGGACUUCUGCCCGCCAGUGCCCAGAAGAAGGAUGCUUGGGUCAGGGAUAAUGUGUACAGCGUCCUGGCCGUGUGGGGGCUCGGCAUGGCCUAUCGCAAGAACGCAGACCGCGACGAAGACAAGGCCAAGGCCUAUGAACUGGAACAGAGUGUGGUGAAGCUGAUGCAGGGGCUUCUGCAGUGCAUGAUGAGACAGGUGGCCAAGGUGGAGAAGUUCAAACACACCCAGAGUACUACAGAUUGCUUGCAUGCCAAAUACGAUACUCCCACCUGUGCCACGGUGGUCGGGGACGACCAGUGGGGUCAUCUCCAGGUAGACGCCACCUCCAUUUACCUGCUGAUGCUGGCACAGAUGACAGCCUCAGGUCUUCGCAUCAUCUCCAACCUGGAUGAGGUGGCCUUUAUCCAAAACAUGGUCUUCUACAUAGAGGCUGCCUACAAAGUGGCGGAUUAUGGGAUGUGGGAGCGAGGUGACAAGACCAAUCAGGGCAUCCCCGAGCUCAACGGCAGCUCUGUAGGAAUUGCUAAGGCAGCUCUGGAGGCCAUAGAUGAGCUGGAUCUUUUUGGUGCCCAUGGAGGGCCGAAGUCAGUGAUCCAUGUUUUGCCUGAUGAGGUGGAACAUUGUCAGUCCAUCUUGUCCUCCAUGCUGCCAAGAGCUUCAACUUCCAAGGAGAUAGACGCCGGUCUUCUGUCCGUCAUUUCCUUCCCUGCUUUUGCUGUUGAGGAUGCUGACCUGGUGGCCAUCACUAAGUCGGAAAUCAUAAGCAAACUGCAGGGUCGCUAUGGCUGCUGUCGCUUCAUCAGGGAUGGAUAUCGUUGUCCUAAAGAGGACCCAUCUCGGCUGCACUACGAUCCUGCAGAGCUCAAGCUGUUUGAGAAUAUCGAGUGUGAGUGGCCCGUCUUCUGGACUUAUCUCAUCCUGGACGGUAUCUUUGCCGGAGACCAAGUGCAGGUGCAGGAGUACCGUGAUGCACUGGAGGGCAUUUUGAUCAGAGGGAAGAACGGCAUCAAACUGUUGCCUGAACUUUAUGCUGUACCUAGUGACAAGGUGGAGGAGGAGUACAGCAAUCCUCACUCAGUGGACAGAAUGGCCAUGGGGCAGCUGCCGCACAUGUGGGGACAGUCGCUCUACAUCUUGAGCUGUCUUCUGGCUGAGGGUUUCUUAGCACCAGGAGAGAUCGAUCCUCUCAACCGGAGGUUCUCUACAAACUUCAAGCCAGAUGUUGUGGUUCAAGUUUGUGUUUUAGCAGAGUCGAAGGAGAUCCAGGAGUUGCUGCGUGAUCAUGGGAUCAACGCCCAGACGGUGUCAGAAGUUCUGCCCAUUAGGGUCAUGCCUGCUCGCAUCCUGAGCCAUGUCUAUGUCAGACUGGGGAACUGCAAGAAACUGAAUUUGAGCGGGAGGCCCUACAGACACAUCGGAGUUCUGGGAACAUCCAAAUUCUACGAGAUCAGAAAUCGCCCUUAUAUAUUCACCCCCCAGUUUCUGGAUCAGCGGCAUUUCUACCUGGCACUGGACAACCAGAUGAUCGUGGAGAUGUUACGAACAGAGCUGGCCUAUCUCUCCUCUUGCUGGAGGAUGACAGGACGGCCCACACUCACUUUCCCCAUCACCCGCAGCAUGCUGGUGGAAGAUGUAGAUGCGAUUGACCCGUGUAUCCUAGCGACCAUCAGGAAACUACAAGAUGGCUAUUUUGCUGGAGCGAGGGUGCAGAUGUCAAACCUCUCCAGUGUCCAGACCACUUCCUUCCACACUCACCUCAGCUUCCUGGAUGAAGAGAACGAUGAUAGCCUACUCGAGGAUGAUGAGGAUGAUGAUGAAUAUGGAGAGGAAUAUAACAACUGUGGGCCCUCAGAGGGCUCAAAAGGCCAGUUUGACCAGUACCUCACCCAGCUCCUCCACAGCACCACCACCAUGUGCCAUCUUCCUCCCAUCCAGAGGGGGCAGCACCACGUCUUCAGUGCUGAACACACCACCAGAGACAUCCUGUCCUUUAUGGCCCAGGUCCAAGGCCUGAACAUACCCAAGUCUUCCAUGUAUCUGCCUGUGACUCCUGUUAAGAGCAAACGCCACAAAGCUCUCAACCUACUUGAAGUUCCUGCUCAUCCUCAGCAGGGCCCACAUGCAAAGCAGCACAAGCCCCACAGUGCUGCUGACUUGCACCUGCCUCGAGACUCCCAGGGCAACACAGACUUUGCAGCGUUAGUGAGGCAGCUGAAAGAGUGUCCGACUCUGCAGGACCAGGCCGACAUACUCUACAUCCUUUACAUAAUGAAAGGAGCUGAUUGGCUGGUGGAGUUGUCAGGUCCCGGGCAGGGCGGGGUCAACGUGCGUUCCCUGCUGGAGGAGCUGUAUGAACAAGCCGGAGCCUGCAGAGAGUGGGGACUCAUCAGAUACAUCUCUGGGAUACUACGCAAGAGAGUGGAGGUCCUCACUGAGGCCUGCACAGAUCUGAUUUCUCAUAACAAGCAGCUGACUGUAGGUCUGCCUCCUGAGCCCAGGGAAAGAGUCAUCACAGUUCCUCUUCCUCCCGAGGAGUUGAACACUCUCAUCUAUGAAGCCAGUGGUCAGGACAUCAGUAUAGCUGUACUCACACAGGAAAUCAUGGUCUAUCUAGCCAUGUACGUGCGCUCCCAGCCCGCUCUGUUUGGGGACAUGCUCCGGCUCAGGAUAGGACUCAUCAUGCAAGUGAUGGCCACUGAGCUGGCCCGCAGCCUGCACUGCUCUGGGGAAGAGGCGUCUGAGAGUUUGAUGAGUCUGAGUCCUUUUGACAUGAAAAGCCUGCUGCAUCACAUCCUCAGUGGCAAAGAGUUCGGGGUGGAGAGGAGCAUGCGCCCAAUCCAGUCGACAGCCACUAGUCCUGCAAUCUCCAUUCAUGAACUCGGCCACACUGGAGCCACCAAGACUGAACGCACAGGGAUACACAAGCUGAAGAGUGAAAUAAAACAGCUGGAUGACUCUCGGCCUCUCAGUAUCUUCAGCGGAGGUCUUUCCUUGAAUAGCAAUGUCACUUCUCCUCGCUCUACGCGCUGCAGCAGCCCCUCCACCCCCAGUGGGAUCCUGUCCCCAGUGGGGCCCGGUCCAGGAGAUGGACAGCUGCAUUGGGAGGAGAGACAAGGCCAGUGGCUGAGGAGACGCAGGCUGGACGGAGCGAUCAACAGAGUGCCGGUUGGGUUCUACCAGAAGGUGUGGAAGAUCCUGCAGAAGUGCCACGGCCUGUCCAUUGACGGAUAUGUGUUGCCCUCUUCUACCACAAGAGAGAUGACGGAGGGAGAGAUCAAGUUUGCGGUGCAGGUGGAGUCUGUCCUGAAUCACGUCCCUCAACCAGAGUACCGGCAGCUGCUUGUGGAGACUAUGAUGGUGCUGGGCCUGGUAGCCGACGUGGACGUGGACAGCAUCGGUGGCAUUAUCCACGUGGACCGCAUCCUGCAUCUGGCCAAUGACCUCUUCCUCAGUGACCAGCAAUCCCACAGUGCCAGUGAUUAUUUCCUUGAGAAGGACCCAGCGACUGGAAUCUGCAACUUUUUCUACGAUAGCGCCCCCAGUGGCAGCUAUGGCACCAUGACCUACCUGUCCAAGGCGGCCAUCACUUAUGUCCAAGACUUCCUGCCAAGCUCCAGCUGCCUGAUGCAGUGAAAAAGCCAACUGAACACACGGAGGGACAUGUUUCAUAAGUAAAGGUUCAUCAGGCCAAAGGCAGCAAAGCUUCUCAUUAUCAGCUCAUAAGAUUCCUGUGAUGCUUGUGAGUAUUUACUCUCCAAUACACUGUAGCUCUCAUACACUGAUGUAACAUCAUGGCCUCGGCAGCUGAUUUCAAACCACUAUAUAAGAAUUUAUUUAUUCUUUGUCGAGUCUGGACUCUCAACUUAUUUAUUACUUAAACAUGAUGUUCGAAUGUAUGUUUACAGGAACUGCCAACAUACAUUUUUAUGUACAUUUAGUUGCAGGGAUAUAAGCACAUGUCUGUGCUCUUGGCGUUGUGUGUGAGAAUAUUAUAUAAACAGUAAACUGUCUUGUAUUUGAAUUUAUCAUAUGUUAUAAUUAUACUGAGCCUGGGCAGUUAUCAGAGCAAACAUUAAUUGUGCACAUACAUUUUUAUUUCCCUCAAAUAAUUUGUAAUUUUAUUUUCUGUCUCUUUUUAGUUUUGUCUGUAUUGAGUAAUAUAAUAAUUUAUUGUUCUAUUGUAAUUGAUUACCUUAAAUAUGCGGGAAAAAAUUUAAAUCAUAAAAACUAUUUGUACCCUUAAAUGUAUUUGUUUCUUCCCCCACAAAUGAAUAAUUUGUGCAUAUUAAUUAACAUAACAUAUUACCUCCGAUAGCUUCCAGGCUCUGUAUAUUUCAGUGUUGAUGAUACUUAAACAUACUUUUUGUAGUCUCGUAUCACUAUUAACCUGAAUGGGAACAAGAAUAAUAGUUGUACUUGAAUGCCACAAUGUUUUGAACAAUCAAUGAACAUUAAUUCAUCGUUCUGCAUAGACCUGACACCCCAAGGUUCUGCUACUGAUAACAAGUCAAAAUGUUGCAUUUACCUCAACGUAUUGAUGGUUUGUUCAUUUAUGUAGUGAAGAUACAUUUAUUUUUGGUAUGUUGGGGUAGAAUUAUGCUUUAAUACCCGUACAUAGUAGUGUAAUACAUAUAUACAAUAUGUUUGCACACAGUAUAUGCAUGAUGUGUAUGUAAAGAAGGAAAUGGAAGUGCAGCCAGAUAUUGGUGAAGUACCAGAGGGUCCGGAGUAUGUUGAAUGAGGUCUUUGUAAGUGUGGGAAGCAGAGAAAGGAAAGAAAGUUGCAAACAACUUUUCAUCCCAGUGCUUUUAUUUUGAAAGCAAAACGGCAGGAUACAGCAACAUUUUUAAUAUUUGAAUGACAACCCUAACACGGAAAUAUUUCCAUUAACUUAAAACCUAUAACAGAAAGAGAAUUCAAAAACUGUAUACAAUAUUAUUAUUUUACUAUAAUAACAGGUCUCCUAUUUAACUUUUAAAGACCUGUUUGAUUAUUUUAACAAUUCAGUUUCCACUCAUUUCCAUUAGAAAAAUCUAAUAAAAUAAUUUGUCUAACAAUCAUUUAUCUGUUUACUGUUUGCUACAUAUCCUUUUGUAUACUAGCAGUAGUAGGAGCUCCUGCGUCACACAGCAACUAGCCAAUCAGAGCUCUAGCUGUUGCUCUGUGGGUUGGACUAAAUUCACUUGUUUUACACAUAUUUAAAGUGGCUGUAAUCGAUUUUUGUCCAAUAUCAAUUGACAAUGUAAAUUGUGAAAUGGCUAAUAAUGAUGAAUUUACAGAGAAUUAUCACGUUAAGAUGAAUCUAUAAUAAUCACAAGCAUUUAUUAGAUUUGAAAUGUUGUUUUCUCCCUAAGUAAAACAAUCACUGGGCAGAAAGCAGAGAUCUGUAGGUUCACCAGAAGACUUUGGAAGUGGAACAGGUGAAAAAGUUUUGCGUAGAGAAUGCGAGCGAAGUGUCCACAUCAGUACGGUGUAUUGUUUCAUAUUACUACGAAUUUCCAUUGACAAAUCAGUUCGUUCUGCAGUG